GCCAACAACAACACGAUUGAUUGACCCAAUAACCUCCAUUCUACCCUACAAAUGUGCGACUCUGAUAUGUCUCCAUACUGCACAACGACAACAACAACGACAACGACAACGACAACAUGAACGAUUCGCAAUAUUACCGCCAGAUAGCGCCGGGCCCGUCACCAACGUCUGAGGAAGCGCCUAGUCUGCCGAGUCCGUCGGGGGAGUCCAGAUCGAGUAUUGCUUAUAGUGCUGGGAGUACUGCUGGGGGGCCUAGUUCUAGCGGAGGUGGGAGUGGGCAAGGGCCGACAAGUGCUGGUGGUGGGAGUGGGAAUGGGGGGAGUAGUCAGUGGAAGAAGAGGGUGUCGACGGCUUGUUUGGCUUGUAAGAAGUCGAAGAGGAAGUGCUCUGGAACAGCGCCGUGUGAUAACUGUCGAGCGUUUAACCGGGUCUGCGUGUUUGAUGAAUCGCUAGAUCAGCGACGACGGGUUGCUGCGAAACGCACGGCGGAUGAAUUGACGUACCACCGCGACCUUCUGAACGACUUGUUCAAGUUAAUUCGCGCCGCAGACGAAUCGCACGCUCUCAAACUCCUCGAGAUCAUCCGCAAAGAUGCCUCAGCCGAAGAAAUCAGAUCCUACGUCGACGAAACCCUAGCCAACCUCGACAGUGCAACUUCAAACUCCAAAGGAAGCAACAAAGAAAUGGUAAACAAGCUCGAAGAUGUACGACAGAUGCUCAACGUCGAAGGCACGGGUCCCUCAUUCCGGCGCAAAGUCAUGGAUAUACACUUUCUGUGUGAUGAGGCGCCGUGCAAGGUUCCUGCGAAGCCGUGGACGACUGUGACUGAGGACGAUGAUCUGGUGUCGCAUUUGAUAUCGUUGUAUUUUACAUGGGAUUAUCCGUUUUAUUCGUUUUUGGACCGGGAUGUGUUUUUGAGGCAUAUGGCGAUGGGGAAUUUGGAGACGGAGUUUUGUAGUCCGUUUUUGGUGAAUGCUAUUUUGGCGAAUGCUUGUCAUUUCUCGGAGUUUACAGAAGCAUAUGUCGUCCCCGGGGACAUCUUGACCAAAGGAGCGGAUUUUUUUGCUGAGGCUGAGCGGUUGAGGCAGCAAGAGACGGCGAAGAUUGGGUUGUGUUCGUUACAGGGCACGCUUUGUUUAUAUGAGAGAUAUGCGCUUUCGGAAGACGAUGAUAUGGGCUACCUGAUGCUACACCAGGCAAUUCGGGCCGGCGAGACACUCGGGUUGAUCGGUGACAAAGGGGCCAAGAUGAUUCCCGAGCAACUUUCCUUUGAUAUGGAUACCUCUCUCAGGCGAACUGCCUGGGGGUUAUUCCACAUUGAUACUGUAAUCCAUACCAGCUUUCUACGACCAAGCCUCGUCGCCAAAGUCAACAUGAACCGAAUUGACCGCAACGGAUCUACUGAUAGCGACCUCUGGAUUCCAUAUCCCUCGCAUCGCAACGCCAGAUCAGCAUAUCUGAGUCAGUACUUUGAUGAAACAUGUAAUAUCAGUGAGAUUGCACUGGAUAUUUCGAAGGAAUUGUUUUCGGAGGAUAGGAGUGUGACUUCGGCUUCGCAGCGUCGUCAGGUGAAGGAGAAUUUAUAUGAGCGGUUACGAAGAUGGCAUGGUGCUUUGCCGCGUAUUUUUGGGCCGGAGACGAAACCGCCGCCUUAUAUUAUUCUUCUAAGGUAUGUCUCUCUGGUUUACACAUUUGGAAACAUGACUUAUUAUGAUAGAAUGAGAUAUUACACCCUGGUCAUCAACAUAUUCGCCUGCAAUGCAGACGAUGAUGUCUCUAGCACCACAUCCGACGCCCCUAAAACGCCAGAGAGCGAGCCCCGCCAUAGCCCGAACAGCAAAUACAACGCCUGGGAACUCACACAAUCUGCUGCCCGCGGCAUCGCAAGCCUUACACGCCUGCAUCGACGCGAAUACGGCAUGACACGCGCGCACUAUUUUGCCAUGUACGCCAUCAACCUGGCGCUCUUCGCCAUGCUCGAGUCCGAAUCCUUCGACAUCUUAGACCCGGACUUCCUCUCCCUCUCCAGUUCGUUCUCUGUAAUUGCAAGUCGCUCGCAUCUGGGCCGCAACUUGUUUCACAUCUUCCGGCAAUCCGUACGCUCCAAGUCGCAAGGGAAACGAAUUCGCGAGUCGAGCGGCGUCUCCGAAGAACUAAAAGAACUAUUCGACGAAGACUCCACCGCAAAGGGACAGAACUGGUUAGAUGAUUACGCCAAGGGUCUCGAAAAAUUGAACCAAGAUGAUCGAUACAAUGGACUUGGGAAUGGGAGUCAUAACGGCGAAGACCUACAGGAGUAUCCGGGGCUAGGGCUGUUUGAUAUGCUGGAUCGGUAUGAGAGCUUGAGUCUGGGGAAGGAUGAGAUUGUGGCUGAGAGGAAUAAGCAGGAGGAGUGGUAAUAGUGCCUGUAAGUAAUGCAGUUAUAUAUCUCUACUAUGCAUAUUAUACAGAGGUGACCAUGGGUAACUGUGACGGCCUGGUCACGUUGGCUGGGUAUCACGUGAGGUGCAGCUGUUUGCUUCGUUGCUUUGUUGAUAAACACGGCUUUACCUCCUUUCUUCCUUCCUCAUGUUGAUAAUUCUCGUCGAUAGCUACCUAGGUAGAGCA